UGCUCCUCUGGAUUCGUUGAAAUCACAUCACAGUUCCUGAUAGCCGCAUAUCGUCAGUCGGUGCCGGAACUGUAAAAACGUCUCAUCCCACUCCGCGUGCGCUGGCAGAUUUACGUCGGACUUCAGCCGCACGAGACAAACAGCGGCAAUUAUCUGGAGGAAAAGAUCGCGCGACACCGAACACGCGAGAGCUCGGGAACACGAGCGGAGAUUGUCACGGUCCACAGUCAUUUCCCGCACGAGGAGACGAGGGAUAUAGAGAAAGCAUCUCUAAUAAAUACAUGAAGCCUGAGGCGCAUUGUGAUAUGGAGCUGCGGAGGUUUUCGCGUUGCAGUUGACGACGUUAAGACAGCAGGAAUACGGCACGGUUACCGACAUCUGCUUCGUAUCGCAGGUAGUUAACGCAAACUAACGACGGUAUUUCGCGCAAAGGACCACCUUUACAAUUCGGUUACCGCUACAAGUUUUUCUACCAAAAAUUACUGUGUAUGCAGAACUCAGGAUAUUGACAAUGUUGAAAACUCCACAAAAACGGAAUGAAAUAAGGAACAUUUCGAAGAUAUAUUUCCACCAGUGCGCCUCAUUUAUUGCCUUUCCAUCCCGUUUUGGACGCCAAAAGUGAAAGAAAAACGUCAGUCUGUCGGAUUCCAUAACACUUCAACUGGUUAACUACAAGUAAUAGAUGGUAUUUGUCGUCCGAGCCUCGUCACUUGUGCAGAUGUGCUCUGGUUCAUUUUUAACCUUUCUGUAGGGUGUUGAUGGAGAGCCUUUCGAAUGACAGCCGGGACAGUGGUAAUCACAGGUGGAAUUCUCGCUACAGUAAUCUUACUGUGCAUUAUUGCUGUACUGUGCUACUGUAGACUGCAGUACUAUUGCUGUAAGAAGGAGGAGUCGGAGUCAGAGGAGGAGGAGCCUGACUUCGCGGUUACGUCUCGCUUGCCGCCGGUCCACUCCAACCACAACAUCCUGGCGGCGACCGUCCCCGUGGCAACCGCCCUCAAUGGGCCCGCCCUCUUCACCCCACCACCGCCGCGGAAACUGACGCGCUCGCAGACCUACUGCCCAUCCUGCACGCAUUACGAGCUGCCGUUUUACCUGCAGCAGCCGGAGGGUCUGAGGAAUGGCGGCGAACGCAUUGGCUACCGCAGCGUGCAUCAACAAGAUUUGGGGCUACCCGCUCGGAUACCCACCCCCCUGCCCACACAGUAUUCCACUCAGUUAUCCACCCAGCUACCCACCCAGCUGCCGACACCCCUAGGCAACUACCACAAACUAAACCUCAGCCGCUCGGUUACCAUGAGGGAUAUGUUCACCCGGAGCUGCAGCAUCAGCACGGACGUGUAGCCACUUUUGUGGCGUCCAAACGCUUUGUGCUUACAGAGAUAACAGAAAGUCAAACAUUGUUAAUCAAUGAUUUGGAAUGCACUACUUUUUGCCCGCGUUAAGAAAUGGCGUCUGGCAAGUUAGGGUCGAGUAUUUAGGAUAUAAUCUCAGUGCAUUUGUUUGUAAAGGGCAGCUGAUGCCCAUGCUGCUAAAGAACUAGAGGACGAUGGGGUGAGACCAGAAACGCUGGCGUCCUCGCCCUUCCUCAAACCUUUUCCUUUAGUUCUCGUUCCUUUGUGUUGUAAUUUCGAUCGUCGCAACGAAGUCAAGGAGAUGCUCAUUUUUAUGCUCACAAUUUUCAAAGGAUACGGUACAAUGAAAAUGCUGACGUGUCAUUUUUGAAAAUAGAGUCUUGAUCGAAACUUUUUUAAUGUUCAUGUAGCGUACGUAUUGAAUGGUAUUUUAGCAGAAUUAUAGUUCGAAAUAAACGACAGACUUGAUUUUAACAAACCAACCGACUGACCGUCCUGCAAUAAAUCUGCUGAAUUAAAACAUGAUCUCAGUAGACAUGCCGUGUUUCGUUUAUACAGUAACAUGAUGGGAUGAGAGGCAUUAUUUUUCACAGACUCUGCUCUGUGUGCUGUUAUAAAUAUUAAUAGAUGUUUAAAUCGCAAGCGAUUUGUUUUUGGAUGUUUUCUGCUUUGGUCACAUUUGAUACCUGAACUGGUCGACAUUUUGCUCCACAUGCAUUAAUACGUCAUAUUCAUGGGGGAUUUACACGUUUCCUAAUUAUUUUACAAAUCCGGAUGUGAAAUGAGUGCACGGGCCGAGGAGCUGGAUUCUGAAUUUGAAGGGCUGCAUUUGAUCACUCUAAACGCUGCUUGUUGGACUAUGAACAGAACAUCUUCUGCCAGAAGGCUUUCUUUCCUCUAAUGUUCAUGAGUACGGAGGCUUUCAUUAGCCUAUUUCCUGCCUUGAUGUACAGAUCGGUGGGGCGAAAAACAACUUUCCUCUUUUAAAACGACAGUGAUUAUUAUUGUUUUUAUUCUUCUGUUGUUUCUGGAAUCCUUUGGUUUGACAGUGAUGUUUUAUGGCAGUGUGGAGCUCCACACUACAGUCCUACAGGUGAUUUUUGCCUUCUGUGGUCACCGUGUGAUUGUGUUGUGAUUUCUAGCCUUGCUCUUCUCUAUCACUCAUCAUGAGCUUUACUCCACGCUCUCUCAUGUGCACACACAAGUUACAGUGCCUGUAUUAUUAUGAUUUGUUGCAUUGCUAGUUUAUCACAGUAUUUUUGUUUCAGCCACCAGUAGAUGAUAUUGUUUUCAUGUUCUAAAGUGAUGCCGAAAUGUUACUGUAUUGGAUAAAUACAAUUAAGAACACA